AUGCUGGGCAGAAUCGCAGGCCUUCCGAGCGUCUACCUUUUGCUCCUCUUACCUGUCUCAGCCAGGCCCUGCCCCAGCCGAUGCUUGUGUUUUAGAACGACUGUGAGAUGCAUGCACCUAAGGCUGGAAACUAUCCCCGAUGUCCCACCUCAGACAAACGUCCUAGACCUGCGCUUCAACCACAUCAAAGACAUCCAGCCUGGAGCCUUCAGGAAUUUGAAGAACCUCAAUACACUGCUCUUGAACAACAACUUGAUAAAGCACAUUGCACGGAAAUCGUUUGAAGAGCUCGGGAACUUGAAAUACCUCUACCUUUACAAGAACGAAAUCCAAAACAUCCAGCAACAUGCAUUCAAAGGACUUCAUUCCCUGGAACAGCUUUAUCUGCAUUUUAAUAACCUGGAAACCGUGGAGUCAGAGACGUUCAGUGACCUGCCCAAACUUGAAAGGCUUUUCUUGCAUAAUAACCGCAUUUCCAGAAUCCAGCUGGGAGCUUUCAGCGACCUGGGAUCUCUUAAACGGCUGCGGCUGGACUCCAACGCCUUGCUGUGUAAUUGUGACCUGAUGUGGCUGGCUGAACUGCUGAAGAAAUACACCACCCAGGGCAACACCCAGACCGCCGCCACCUGUGAGAACCCUCGGGAGCUUCAAGGCCGGUCCGUCGUCACACUGACCCCCCAAGAAUUUAACUGUGAGAGACCUCGCAUCACUACUGAGCCCCAGGAUGUUGACGUCGCCCUGGGAAAUACUGUUUAUUUCAUCUGCAGGGCAGAAGGUAACCCAAAGCCCAAGAUCAUCUGGCUACACAACAACAAUGAGAUUGACAUGAAAGAUGACGGACGCCUGAACUUGCUGCAAGACGGAACACUAAUGAUUCAAGACACCAGAGAAUCGGACAAAGGAGUCUACCAGUGCAUGGCCAAGAACGUUGCUGGCGAGGCCAAGACUCAGGAAGUUGUCCUGCGAUACUUCGGCAGCCCAUCUAAGCCCAGCUUCGUCAUCCAUCCCCAGAACACAGAAGUAUUGGUAGGGCAAAGCGUCACCUUGGAAUGCGGGGUGUCCGGUCACCCUUCACCUCGCAUCGUCUGGAUGCUGAGCUCGGGUUCCCCGCUGCCACAGGACUCCCGCUUCACCAUCACCAGCUCCGGCGGUCUCUACAUCCAAAAUGUCACCUUCUCGGACCAGGGGCAGUACAGCUGCAAUGCCAGUAACACCGAAGGGUCUAUCCAGGCAACGGCAAAUGUCAUAGUACAAGAUACUCCAAGGUUUUUGGAGGUCCCAUCUGAUCAGACUGUGACUGAGGGUCAAAGUGUAGACUUCUCCUGCUCCGCUGAGGGCCAUCCUUUACCUGUUAUUGCCUGGACACGAGCAGGUGGGCCGUUGCCAAGUGACCGGAGACACAGCAUCCUUUCCACCGGCACCCUGAGGAUAGUCCGAGUCGCGCUUCAUGACCAAGGCCAGUACGAGUGCCACGCCAUCAGCGCUGUCGGCGUCCGGAGCUUUCCAGUGCAGCUCUGGGUGACUCCACGAGUCAUUCCAGUGUUCCUUCACCCACCGCAAGAUAUGGUGGCAGAGACCGGGCGAGACAUAGACAUCCCCUGUGCUGCCCAAGGGGACCCACAGCCCACCAUUAGAUGGGCCAAGGAAGGAAUUCAGAUCACGGAGAGCGGGAAGUUCCGAAUCAGCCGAGAAGGGACCCUCUCCAUCCGUGAUCUGGGGAAGGCAGACCAAGGGAGAUACGAAUGCAUAGCCAGAAAUACCUUUGGGUUCACUUCCAGUACUAUGCAGCUGACUGUCACCGCAACCAAUGUUGGCCGGAGCGGUGACACCUUUGUAGCCACCUCAAUACAGGAAGCCAUCAGCAGUGUGGACCAUGCAAUCAAUUCUACCCGGACUGAACUGUUUAGCAAGCGGCCCAAAACUCCUAAUGAGCUGCUCGCACUUUUCCGUUAUCCACGGGACCCGUACACCAUUGAGACUGCCCGGGCUGGUGAGAUCUUUGAAAGGACCUUGCAGUUGAUUCAAGAACAUGUGCAGCAAGGACUCGUGGUGGACAUGAAUGGAACAGGCUACCGCUACAAUGACCUGGUCUCUCCUCGCUAUCUGAACAUGAUCGCCAACCUCUCUGGCUGUUCUGCCCACCGGCGCACCCCCAACUGCACAGAUAUCUGCUUCCACAAGAAGUACCGGACUCACGACGGCUCAUGCAACAACCUCCAGCACCCCAUGUGGGGAGCUUCUCUCACUGCCUUCCAGCGCCUGCUCAAGCCAGCUUACCAAAAUGGUUUUAACCUGCCUAGAGGCUUCUCAUUGGUGGAAGAAGCCAGGGAGCUCCCUCUUCCCCUCCCUCGCUUGGUUUCUACCGCCAUGAUUGGCACAGAGACCAUUACCCCGGAUGACCAAUUCACGCACAUGCUGAUGCAAUGGGGCCAAUUUCUCGACCAUGAUCUGGACCAAACGGUGGCCGCUAUCAGCAUGGCACGUUUCUCAGACGGCGAGCCCUGCAGCCAGGUGUGCACCAAUGACCCUCCGUGCUUCUCCAUCAUGAUCCCCGAGAAUGACCCACGGGUAAGGAAUGGCCGUUGCAUGUUCUUCGUCCGCUCCAGCCCUGUGUGUGGCAGCGGGAUGACCUCUCUACUGAUGAACUCUGUCUAUGCCCGGGAACAAAUCAACCACCUCACCUCUUUUAUCGAUGCUUCCAAUGUCUACGGCAGCACAGAACACGAGUCCCUGGAGCUAAGGGACCUCAGCAACCAGAAAGGGCUGAUGAAGCAAGGCCAAGUGGUCCCUAGCUCUGGAAAGCACCUCCUCCCAUUUGCAGUGGGGCCGCCCACUGAGUGCAUGAGGGAUGAGAGCGAGAGUCCCGUACCAUGUUUCUUGGCAGGCGACCACCGAGCCAAUGAACAGCUGGGCCUGACCUCCAUGCACACCUUGUGGUUCCGUGAGCACAACCGCCUAGCUGCCAAGCUCCUGGCCCUGAAUCCUCACUGGGAUGGGGACACCAUCUAUCACGAAGCUCGCAAGAUCAUAGGUGCCCAGAUGCAACACAUCACCUACUCCCACUGGCUCCCCAAGAUACUUGGAGAGGCUGGGAUGAAGGUCUUAGGAGAGUACAAAGGCUAUGACCCCAACGUCAAUGCUGGCAUCCUGAAUGCAUUUGCUACGGCCGCCUUCCGCUUUGGCCAUACUCUUAUCAACCCCCUUCUCUACCGGCUCAACGAGACUUUCCAACCCAUCCCACAAGGCCAUGUCCCACUUCAUAAGGCUUUCUUUUCCCCUUUCAGGAUAAUCCAGGAAGGGGGCAUUGAUCCUCUUCUCCGGGGUCUCUUUGGGAUCCCCGGGAAAAUGCGGGUCCCUACCGAACUCUUGAACAUGGAGCUGACGGAGAAGCUCUUCUCUAUGGUGCACUCAGUCUCUCUGGACCUGGCAGCCAUCAAUAUCCAGAGAGGGCGGGAUCAUGGCAUCCCUCCUUACAACGAUUUCCGGGUCUUCUGCAACCUCACAUCCGCUCAGGAAUUUGAUGACCUCAAGAAUGAGAUUAAGAACCUGGAGAUCAGGGAAAAGCUCAGGAGUUUAUACGGAAUUACUAAGAAUAUUGAUCUGUUUCCUGCACUGAUGGUAGAAGAUCUGGUCCCUGGUACCAGGGUUGGGCCGACACUGAUGUGUUUAUUUGUGACCCAGUUUAGAAGACUCCGGGAUGGAGACAGGUUUUGGUACGAGAAUCCGGGAGUGUUCACCCCGGCCCAACUCACACAGAUAAGGCAGACAUCACUCGCCCGGAUCAUCUGUGACAACAGCGACCACAUCAGGCAACUCCAAAAGGAUGUGUUCCGGGUGGCCUCGUAUCCUCAGGGUAUGGUCGGCUGCGAAGAAAUCCCGGAAAUGGAUCUACGCAUGUGGCAGGACUGCUGUGAAGACUGUAGGACGAGGGGGCAAUUUAGGGCUCUUUCACAGCAGUUCCGAAGCAAGAGAGCUUCCGGAUUCAGCUACCCAGACGAACACCCUUCCAACGCCAAACCUGGAAACCCAAGAAUGGAAGUUCCUUCUCAGAAUAACUGGCAAGAGGAAGAUAUCGAGUCUUUAGUAAAUGAACUUGAAAAAACAGUCUCCGCUCUUCGGAAACAGGUGAAUUCCUUGGAAGGUCAGCUGAGGCAGAAUGAAAGAAGCCCGGGCAGGUAUGGCUGGAAGCAGAAGACCGGAGACAAGUGGAGGAAGAGAUGACCUACUUUCCUUGGUGCUAAUGUUAUUUCAAGCGAUGGCCAACUUGCUGUUUUGUCCGAAAAGCCCGUUUUCCUUCAAGAGAGCCCACUGCUACAGCAUCACUGCCUGGGCCUCACCGAAUCUUGGGCGUGCCCCCAGUCUGCUGUGCUUCUGAGAACCCCUCCCGAACUACACUGAUAGACCACAGACUUAUCCAAUUCAUACCCCCAGGAUCCUAGUUGUUCUCGCCCCAUCCUGAAACGGCUCAGUAUGAACUUCUACACUGUUUUGUUGGGGGAACUACAGCAACAGUCUUGCAGAUGUGCUUCCAGAAUUACGCUUCCCAUCCACGACAUCUUGAUUAAGUGUGCGCACCCUGCUUUGGAAUAAAUCAGAAACGACAACGUGACAUGACAUCCCAGACUUUUCAGGCUUUCACAGACACUGCUGAAACAUGAUCAAGCAGAUAAAGGAGCAAGUAAAUACGAUAAAACCCAUCACGGAGUGCGAGUGCACAACGCCGAAGUCAGCUGCGUUUCAUGAAAUUUCCAAACCGUUGAGCAAUUAAGACAAGGAAAUCUUCAACAAGCCUGUAAAAAUCAGCAGGUCAAGGCCUACAAUUAAGGCGAGGAGCAAGAAGGGAUCCGUCUGUUGGAAAUUGCUUCUGCCGUCCCUGGUGUGCAGUCGCCUGCAUUUGACAAAACGGCAGGAAAUGAAAAAUGACUGAAUUGUCCCUUAGGCUGCUGCCCUUCGUCAGUCAUUCGAAAGAUCCUGGCAACUCCUCAGAUAAACACCUGCCUGGAUGGUAUCCUCCUUUGUUAUCUUAUGCUAAUAAUGAACAUGCUUCUUCCUUCAGUUUCUUCUGCUCCUUCCACAGAUAUUUCCAAGAGUCUCAAUGCCACAAAGUUUUUAACAACUUGAUGCAAGGAAAGCACAUAGUACAAACCUCAGAGAACCACCGUCAGAGAGGCCAUAUAAUGGUCUCCCUACAGUCCAUGUUGUACCCGUCCCAUCUCUUCCUGCAGACUGGAAAUGGAAAGCCCAAUCCACCAGGAUGUAGGAGAUAAGUUUUUCUUGGCCGCAUCAAUCUUGCUUUGACCCGGACUAUGAGCCAUCCGUCCUCUUCCUAGCACUUAAACAACGGAUGCGCAAGCAAGGGAAGCAAUUAUGUCAGUGUAUCCCAAGGCUGUCACUGUGAAGCUGUCGUGGCCAGCCACAAGGAACUCUGGGAAUCGUAAUUCUGCAAAGGCGCCAAAGACCAUUUUGACACCAUUCCAAAACUACGCCUUCGGAGGACAUUUGGCAAAAGCAAUGGUCCUUAAAUUGGUUUUGCGUUUAUAGUACAGAUGUUGUUUAAAGGGCAGGACCUACAUUUCACAAGUGAGCCCCAGGAUAAUUCUAUAAGCUUGUAUUUGAAGGGCCAACCAAUGCAACGUAUCUGUCGUCUGUAUUUAUUGCACCCACUUCAAGGCUCAGAGCCAAGCUACAAGUGACGCCUUACACA